UCAUUCAGUAAACGUCACUCGUAUGGACGAAACGCUAAAAUUACCGUGAAAUAAUGGCAAACCAACGUCCCGUGUACGACAUCUACGACGAAGAAUUCGCGAACAAUCUUCAAAUCGCGAAGAACCUCGUUUCCAAACUCAGCAGUCGGACUGACAAACAGAUUUGCAAAAAAUGGAUCGGGAAAUUGUGCCGGCUCAAGUCCGACGAUCCCGUGGUUAAAAAGAAUCGCAACGCCUUUUUUAAAUAUCUUUUGGAAAUAUUGAGCAAGGCCAUUCUAGACGCUGCAACUGACAUGGGGAUUGGUGCAGAACACCAAGAAAAGGUGGACGACGACCAUUUCAUGUGCAAAUGGUCUGAAGACAAGAGAACUUACAUAGCCGCCAAACCGUUGCCCGGACAGGGUGCUUUAAUUUACAUGGCCGUAACUAGAUAUCCAAAUCUAGGCUGGGAUCGUUUCUAAUAAAAAUGA